AUGAAUAGCUCCGAGAAAGAUCACCAUUACGCAACACUUCAGCACGAUUCCAUUGGAAUUGAACAAACCCCAACUGUUUGUUCAAGGAAUUCUGACCUAGAAACUACAGCCGAAAAAAUAGACAUCGGUGUGUUUGGUGAUGAAGAAAAUGCGGCUAUUCGCUAUCAAACAAUGUCGUGGCCAAUGGUUGCGAUUCUGAUGAUCGCUGAGAUCGUCAGCAAUGGCAUGCUUUCCCUUCCUUCUGCCAUUGCGGCUGUGGGACUUGUGCCUGGUGUCCUCCUCAUUAUAUUUCUCGGUUCGUGUCAUUUAGGUCUUUUUGCCUUAUAUACCGCCUUCAUCCUUGUUGAUUUCAAAUUGAAUCACCCAGAAGUACACAACAUGGGUGACGCCGGUAGAAUUAUGGGCGGUUCGAUCUUACGGGAGAUUCUUUCUGCCGGGACGGUAAUUUUUGCUAUCGCUGCGGCCGGUUCUCAGCUAUUAGCUGGUCAAAUUGCAUUGAGUACUCUGGCAAAUAACCGACUCUGCUUGAUGUUGGCGACAGGAAUUUUCACCAUACCAACUAUGAUGCUUUCAUUCCCGCGAACGUUGGAUCAGUUAUCGUGGCUAUGCAUCCCUUCAUGUAUCUCCAUCCUAAUAGCAGGGAUAGUGGGGAUGGCGGCAGCGGCAAAUCAUCCAGUGGCAGAUCGACAGCUGGUGGCGGCCAAUUCAUCCAAUUUCUACGACGCCUUCUUAGCCGUCACGAAUCCUAUAUUUGCAUACGCUGGCCAUUUUAUGUUUUUCAUUAUGAUAUCAGAGAUGAAAAGACCUGCUGACGCCAAGAAGUCAGCGUGUGUGCUGCAAGGAUUUGCAACUGUCUUUUAUGUCAUCUUCGGUGUCGUUAUGUACGUGUAUCUGGGGCCCAAUGUGGCGUCACCAGCUUUCUCUUCGCUCCCAUCAAAAUGGGCCAAGAUUGCCUAUGGUAUCGCCAUCCCUAACUUACUUGUAACGGGUUCGUUGAACUCCCACACGGCUGCAAAACUUGUCUUCGUACGCCUCUUCCGCGGAAGCAGUCAUAUCAAUCAGCACACGUACAAGGGCUGGUCAACUUGGACAAUUCUCGUGAUAGUGGUAAACGGCGUGGCGUUCACCCUUGCGAUUGGAGUGCCAAUAUUUUCUUACUUUGUCUCCAUCGUUGCCUCGCUCUUCGCAAGCUGGUAUACAUACGGAAUCGUCGGUGCUUUCUGGCUUUUCGACGCGUACCAUGGGAUGGGUAAGGGGAAGAUAAAUGGAGUAUAUGGUGUCAAGGCAUGGAAGGGGAACCCUACCAGGUUUAUUGUUAACACUUUUACCUUUCUUGCAGGGUCGUUCAUGUGUGUCGCC